CGGAAAAAGUAAACUCAUCAAUCCGAUGAGAAUAACUAAUUAAUUGUCCUAAUCUAAUCACCUAAUCCGAUAGUUAAACUUUCUUCCUAUGUGUUGAUAUCAACAGCUUUUCUACCUGUGGAUAGUUAUGUUUAUAAUACUUUCAUAUUGUUUCAAUUUGUACAAUCUGAUUGACUGAUUUUCUUACAUCUUCUUAUAUGUGUAUAGUUACUCAAUUAGAAUGAGAUUAUCAUCUAUUAUUAUAUUGGAUAAAGUGACUGUUGAAAAUAAGAAACAAUUUUAUAUAUAAAUCGUUAAUUGUUACAAUAUUAUUACAAAAGUGUCUCUUCACAAACAGAGAGAAGGCUAAUCCAUAUUUUGGAUUAUCUGUUGAAUUGUUGCUCUUACGCCGGUGAAAAUAUCAAUAAGAAAACUAAGUUGUUAUUGUUGUAGGAAAUUCUGUCAAUCAAUUCUGUCAACAAUUUGGAAACAAUUCCAAGGAAAAUGAGAACUUAAUGUGAAUUGUUAAUCAAGUGAACAUGAUAUUUACUUUGAAUCAACAUUAAUUCAAUUGUGAUUAAAUCUUUAUAAAUAUAUAAAAGUAUUUGAUUAAACCAACAACAACAACAAAAAUGGAAUGGAUUUAAAACUUGAUCUACCUAAUCAAAAGCUAAUACAACUUUAAUCUUUUCUUGGAUAAUCCAUAUUUUAGAGGCUUAAAAUUUAAGUGUUUGUGAAGCUUUGGUUAGUCUCUGGCAUGGCCCGGAAGAGUGGACCAGGUAAAAGAAAUGGUGGUGAGGUGAAGAAACGUAAGAAAAAAUGUUCUUCGUCAUCAUCAUCAACCGUCUCAUCAUCUAUUAUGGAAAGUAAAGCCAAUAAACGGGUGAGGAAGAAGAAAACAGGUUGUGUAAACAAUGGGAAACAACAAUCAACUAAAGUGCAAAAGGCUAAAUCAGUGAAAAGUAAAAAUAUUAAUUCUAAAAGUAAAGCUCGAGAAUCAAAAGGAAAAUGUAAAACUGUGGUUUCUUUGGUUAAUCCAAAGAAGAGAAAGUUAAUCGAUGAGGAGAUUGAAAUUAUUGAUACACGAUCGUGUAAACGAAUGGCCUCUCUUAAUGCUUCCGCUAUUUUGGCCUCACUUUCUGAGAAGAGAGUUAAUUUUAAUCAAAGUCGCCCGUCAAUUGCAGCCCGUUCAACCGAAUCAACUCGAUCUACCAGAUCAACUGUGGUUAAAAUUCUUGAGACGGAAAUAAGUUCAAGUGAAUCUCGAUUGCAAGUAUCAACAACCGUUCCCGAUCUUGGGUCAUCGCAAUAUCCCGAAAGAAGAUUAUCUUCUAAGCAAAGUCGUUUAAUUGAAUCAACUCGAUCAACUGGAUCUACUCGAUCAACUCGAUCAACUGUUUUCAAAAUUCUUGAAACGGAGAUUAGUUCAAGUGAAUCUAGAGUUGAGGUCAGUUCACCUGAACCUGAUCUUGGGUCACCACAAUAUCCAGAAAGAAGAUUAUCUUCUAAACAAAGUCGAUCAAUUGAAUCAACCCGAUCAACAUCGGCAUCAACCAGGUCAACAGGUUCAACGGUGGUAAAGAUUCUUGAGACGAAAAUUAGUUCCAGUGAUUCUCAGCAUAUUUCACCCGCUUCCACCAUUGGUCCACAAUACUCUGAUAAAAGAAACAAGCAAAGUCGAUCACUUGGUUCAUCUAAAAGGUCAACGGGCUCAAAUAAAUCAACUGGUCCCACGGUGGUCAAGAUUCGUGAGACGAAAAUUAGUUCAAGUGAUUCCGCUCAUGUAAACCCACCAGUUGUAAAUAUGGGAACAUUACAAUAUCCACAUGAUAGACGAACCAUGUCCAAACCAUGUCGAUCAAUUGAAUCGACAAUAUCAACCGGAACAACAACCAUGGCAAAAAUUUUCGAAACAGAGAUUAACUCAGCAAAUUCUAUACUCCAAGUACCACAGAUUCCCAACAUCGGACGACCUCAGUAUCCACCUCAUUAUGCGAGUGCCUUUUCAGUGCCUCAUCAUAUCAACCACGCGGCUUCCAUUAACUACCCAACCGAAUCAUAUGGUUUCUACCAACAUUCGAUUGGUUGCGGUCCGAUUAUGCAGCCAAUUCACGAUCCUUAUAUUCGGGCUUAUUCUUUACACAAGCCUAUUCCCUAUUAUGCUUCUCAAAUGGCUCAUCAUCCCGAUCAGACUUACAGGGAAUUCAAUCCAAUUCAGUCAAAUUACCAUCAACCUCAGCACCUUUCACACUCUUCGCUAACUCUUCAACUGCACACACCGCCAAUAGCUCAACAUCCUCCACCGCCUCAUCUACAACCUAGUCAUCAUCAGCCUACACCUCCCACCAUCCUUUCCCAACAUCAUCCUAUUCAACAACCAUUACCUCAGCUUCCACCUCCACCUCCUCCUCAGCCCCAUGUGUCAAUGUCUCAUCACCAUUUAUAUCCAAUCUCUCGUCCUACACUUCAACUUCACCCUCACUCCUCUUCCCACCCUUCUAUCCUCCACCAACCACUGUCGCUACCGCAGCAGCUACCACCACAACCACCGCAAUCAGCUCCCGGGACCAGUCGGUUUGAGACUAAUUCCUUUUCAUCUAAGGCUAUCUCAUAUGAACAGCCCAGCUAUUACAUCCUUCAAUAUCCAAAUAACGACCUAUCCUGUUCACUUCGAGCCAAUAAUAUGUAUCACAAUUUAUCCUCCACAAACGAUCAGAUCACAAUUCACCAAUCACCUCACGAUUCGCAACACUUAUCAGUCAAUAUUGCGGUCAAUAAUCCAACAACCACAUUAAUGGCCAGGGACACAAUGGCAACAAUUGCAACCACGGCACAAACAAUUUCAUCCAACCACAUGAAUCCAACUCACCUUCAAACCAUUUCAACACCUUCAUCCUCUUCAUUUUCAUCUACCAAUGUCUCCGGUGGUCCAUCGAUCGCUUUUUUAGGUUCAACCUCAAUUCUACCGGGUCGUUUAGCUCCUAACAUGUUUCAGGCUCUCUCAUCGUCUUCACCGUUAUCCGCAGCACACUCAUCCUCGGUCAUAGUCAAUUCCAUAAUCAACCCUGAACUACCUCAAGGAAUAUCCCCUGUUCCCGGACCAGCCCCUGUUGCCGUAGCAACGCCCGUUUCUGUUGAAAAUUUAACCUCUUUAUCAACCGCUUCCCCGUCUAACCUGCCUAAUGAAAUCGCUUCUCUUAGUUCAACAAGUUUUUCCAUUUCAACUCAGGUUGAUUUCUCACCAAUCAUAACAAAUAACAAUCACUCACGUUCACCAUCAACCUUUGGUUCACCGUUAACAGUUAAUCAUCAACAACAAUCAAACGUAGCAACUAUCAGUCCAUUUGUUACACCAAGAAGCAGUCGUUUCACAUCUAAAAGCGUUUCAUGUUCAACAAACACUGACCCUGAACCCAAUAGACGAUCAAAUUAUCAGCAGCAGCAAAACACUAAUCCACAACAAUCAUCAUCUCAUAGUCAAUCUUCAAUCACCAUUACCCCGUUUAACGUGAACAGCUCUGGUAAUUAUACCAGUGUUAAUAACAAUAGUAACACUUCAGCUUCCGUCACCAACAGUAGCAACAGUAACCACACCAGAGAUACUAAUUAUAAUGUAAUUAGUAAUGGUGGAAACAAUAACAACAGUAGACAACAAGCCGCAAUUUCAUCAACUUACAAUAACUUUUUGAGAGACGCUUCCGUUAACACAUCUAAAAACGGAAAAGAUUCACCAACAAUCAAUAUGACUCGAAAAAAUCAACGUAAACAGCUUCAAGAAAACAGUACGAAUCAUAACAAUAAUAUCUCUAUUGGUAAACAACGGACAUUAACAAAUCGAUCUAAUAAAUAUCUCCAAUCACAAUUAACAUCAUCUUCUUCACCAGCACCAAUACAAGCGUCAACAAUUGCAACACCAUCAAUGUCAACUAUUGCAACAAACACUUCACCAAUAUCAACCUUACCUUCAGUUGUUAACAAUUUUUUACCAACAUCAGGAUCUUCCUCUUCAUUAUCAUCCGGUCAUCAGCAAUUAGUACCAACGACAAAUAAUCAUGUUAAUAGUAACAAUAAGAAAGGUAUCUCCAUCUCUAACAAUAAUCAUUUGAAUGAUCAAUUACCGUCUUCAACCAAAAAACGUCCAAACAAAUCAAAUAAAACUUUAAUUGACUCCAAUUUGGUUCACGGUGAGAGCUCAGCAUCAUCUCCAACAUCAUCCUCGACCUCAUCAUCAACCACCACAACAACAACCUCAGUACCAACCGUAGAUCAGACCAGCGGAUCACGGAAAUCAGGAAAAAAGAGAUUAUUUCAUGGUUGGUCAUGGAGAGGAAACCCUUCCAAGAAACCAGUGUUUAUCGAGCCCGACGAACCGCCUCAACUACGUGACUGUUACCCCGCAAUUUGUCAUAUACAAGGAGAUGUAAUUAAGGUUCGAGAUAGUGUUCUACUUCGAGGUGGACCUAGAAAAACUGACCUUCAUUUUGUAGCUAAAAUUUGCGCACUUUGGGAAGCACCAGAAACUAGUGAAAUGAUGAUGAGCCUUUUAUGGUAUUAUAGACCUGAACAUACGGAACCAGGUCGAAAGCCUCACGAUCAAUUAGAUGAAAUAUUUGCUUCCAAACAUCAAGAUGUUAACAGUGUUGCCUGUAUUGAUGAUAAAUGUUAUGUGCUUACCUUUAAUGAAUAUUGUCGAUAUCGUAAGAGACAAAAAAUGGACGCUGAAAACAUUGGCCUCUCUUUGACCGAUACUUUUGUGCCCAGUGGAAAAGAUUACAAUAGACGAAGCCGUCUUCCAAUGAGGAAAGUUUUCCCCGAUCGAGUUUUUUUCUGUCGCAAGGUUUAUGACUUUCGACUUGGGAGAACUCUUAAGAAUCCAGUUCCACGAUUGAUGAAUUCUCUAUUGAUAAACGACAAUUCAGCCUGGAGACGUUGAAACGACCAUUGGACAGCAAUUCUUAACCAAAAAAAAUUCAUUCAAAUUUACACAUCAUCAUCUUCAUCUUUUCACAAUCAAAGAAAAAUCUUUUAUUUAUUACUAUCAUUAUCAUCGUUAUCUUCAUUCAUCACUUACCCUGCCUCUCUCACAUAUUCAAAUAUAUGUACUAACACAAUUGAUUAUUAUUACGACAAAGAAACAAACAAGACGAUGCUCUUCAAGGCAAAUCAAAAAUGAAUCUCCACCAACCUAAGAAAA